UGGAACCACUAAUCCGGUUGUACACUUGUCACCAUGGUUGACACCCGGAGUGGGUUGAGCACUAGCCCCUACACUUAGGAACAGCAGGAGAAAAUGGCCGCCUUAGUGAAAGAGAACAAAGAGAGGAAAGAGCUCCAGAAGCAGCUGAAGCUAAAGGCUAUCGCAGAGGAGCAGGUGGCUAAGAUGAAGAGGUUGGAGGAGGAGAUGAAGAGUGUUCAACAGGAGGAGGAAGAGAGGAGAAAGAUUGCUGAGGAAGAAGCGGCAGCAGUGGAAGAAAAAGAGAGAAUGCAGAUUGAAAGUAGAGAAGGGAGCAGUGGCACGAAAAAGGAUAAAGACGCAGUGAUGGAGAAAAAGAUAAGCGAGUGGGUCGCUAAUUUAUCGUUGGGAGAAGACGAGGAGGCGGGAUCUUAUGUGCGUCAGGAGGAGAGAGAUGCGCUAGCCAGGGAGCUAGCAGCAAUGAAGGACCCUGUGGAACGGCGAGAAAGGGAGGAGGAGCAGAAGUUGGCAUGGAAAUUGAGAAUGAAGAGGGAGAAGAAGAGGAGGAGGGAGAAAGUCAAUAGACUGACUGCAGAGGUGGCGAAGGUGCAAGAUUGUGUGGCAAAAGAGCUAAAGGAGAGGAUGCCAUCCUGGGCCAAAAUGAAGAAGGAGAGUAAGGGACAGCUGAUCUUAGUAGACGUAGAGGUGUUUAGAUGUAGAGUAGGGGCCCUUAUAGAUUCAGGGGCCACCCGCAGUUAUAUUAGUCGUAGAGCGCUGAAGAAGUUGAGGCUAGGAUUGAAAGUCCAAAAGUUGGUAGACCCCAUAGUCAGUGUCCUCGUAGACAACCGCACAAUGCGUGUUGAGGACUAUGUAGAGGGAGUCCAGGCGUACUUUCGCCUAGAAAAGGAUGGGAAAGUGGAGAAGGUUCUCCAUUCCCUGACUCUCCUCGUACAGGAUGACCUUCCUUUUGAUGUUGUGUUAGGAAUGGAUUGGGGAGAGGCAGCAGGGGUCACACUCCAUUUGAGAGAGCAUGAGUGUAGGCUCCCUAGCCCGUCAUGCGAGGUUAAGGAUACCCGCCUGUUUCAUGUGUCAGGUGCAGACAACACCUUGGCACAUUGCUGUCCCAGUGCUCCCGCGUUCGCGCGGUUAGUGAAGAAGGAGCGAUUAGAGGAACAAGUCUUUGUAGUUUAUGUUAGMCCUGCCACUGAGGCUAAGGAAGAGGUGACUUCCACAGAUCCAACCAUUGCCAAGCUGCUGGAGGAGUUUAAAGACUUGACUGAGUCGCCGACAGGAGUAGUGUCGCGACCCAUCCAGCACAGGAUAGAGGUAGAGCCUGGCAGUAGAACUCCUAAGGGAGCAGUCUAUAGGAUGUCCCCUAGAGAGUUAGAGGAGUUGCGCGAGCAGUUAGACGAGCUCCUUGAGAAAGGUUGGAUCAGGCCCAGUUCGUUGCUAAAGAAAGAGGCAAUCUGGCAAUGGGAUAAAGAGUGUACGUCUGCGCUAAAGAGAUUAAAGCGCACAUUAAUAGAGUAUCCUGUCCUCAAAGUAGCUGAUCCGUCCUUGCCAUUUGUCGUCACCACGAACGCGAAUCAGUAUGGUAUAGGCGUCGUGUUGCAGCAAGACGACUGCAAUGGUUAUAGACCCGUAGAGUUCAUGUCAGCGAGGAUGCCCUCAGAGAAGGUAGCCACCUCGACGUAUGAGAGAGAACUCUACGCUCUCAGGCAGGCUCUAGAGCACUGGAAGCAUUAUCUACAUGGGAGGCACUUCAAAGUGUAUUUUGACCAUGAAACACUUAGAUGGUUAAAGACCCAGGCCUAGAUGACACCCAAGUUAACUAGGUGGGCCGCUGAGAUAGACUAGUCUGACUUUGAGCUUAAGCCAAUGAAGGGCAAGUACAACG